GAGGUGAAAUGGCGCAGAAAGGAGUUCAGCUGGAGCGGGAAAUCUUAUCUUGUCCGAUCUGUCUGGAUCUACUGAAGGAUCCGGUGAGCACUUCCUGUGGACACAGCUACUGCAUGAAGUGUAUUGAAAGCUUCUGGGACGGAGAGGACGAGAAGAAGAUCCACAGCUGCCCUCAGUGCAGGCAGAGCUUCACACCGAGGCCUGUCCUGCUGAAGAACACCAUGUUAGCAGCUUUAGUGGAGGAGCUGAAGAAGACUGGACCCCCACCUGCUCCUGCUGAUCUCUGCUAUGCUGGAGCUGGAGAUGUGGCCUGUGAUGUCUGCACUGGGAGGAAGCUGAGAGCCUGUAAGUCCUGUCUGCAGUGUGUGGCCUCUUACUGUGACAAACACCUCCAGCCUCAUUAUGACGUAGCUCCAUUAAAGAAACACAAGCUGGUGGAGCCCUCCAAGAAGCUCCAGGAGAACAUCUGCUCUCGUCACGACGAGGUGAUGAAGAUGUUCUGCCGCACUGAUCAGCAGAGUAUCUGUUCUCUCUGCUCUGUGGACGAACACAAAGGCCACGACACGGUGUCAGCUGCAGCAGAGAGGACUGAGAGGCAGAGAGAGCUGGAGGGGAGUCGACUAAACAUCCAGCAGAGAAUCCAGGACGGAGAGAAGGAGGUGAAGCUGCUUCAGCAGGAGGUGGAGGCCCUCAAUGGCUCUGCUGAGAAAGCAGUGGAGGACAGUGAGAAGAUGUUCACUGAGCUGAUCCGUCUCAUGGAGAAAAGAAGCUCUGAUGUGAAGCAGCAGCUCAGAUCCCAGCAGGAGAGAGAAGUGAGUGGAGUCAGAGAGCUCCAGGAGAAGCUGGAGCAGGAGAUCUCUGAGCUGAAGAGGAGAGACGCUGAGCUGAAGCUGCUGUCUCACACAGAGGAUCACAACCAGUUUCUGCUCAGCUACCCCUCCUCACUGCCAGCCCUCAGUGAAGCUACACACUCCUCCAGCAUCAACAUCCGUCCUCUGAGAUACUUUGAGGACGUGACGGCGGCCCUGUCAGCAGUCAGAGACAAACUACAGGACGUCCUGAGAGAGGAAUGGACAAACGUCUCACCGACUGAAGUGGAGGUUUUACCGUCAGCAGCAGAGCCCACCACCAGAGCUGGGUUCUUAACAUAUUCACAGGAGAUCACUCUGGAUCCAAACACAGCACACACACUGCUGGUAUUAUCUGAGGGGGGCAGAAAAGCAACACACAUGGAACAACAUCAGUCUUAUUCUCGUCACCCAGACAGAUUCACUGCAUGGCCUCAGGUCCUGAGUAGAGAGAGUCUGACUGGACGUUGUUACUGGGAGGUGGAGCGGAGAGGAAGAGUGUUUGUAGCAGUCGCAUACAAGAAUAUCAGCAGAGCAGGGGGGGAAAGUGAAUUUGGAAACAAUGACAAAUCUUGGGCGUUAUUGUACCAAAACAGUUUUACAUUUUAUUACAACAGUAUCCUCACUCCCGUCUCAGGUCCUCUGUCCUCCAGAGUAGGAGUGUACCUGGAUCACAGAGCAGGCGUUCUGUCCUUCUACAGCGUCUCUGAAACCAUGACUCUCCUCCACAGAGUGCAGACCACAUUCACUCAGCCGCUACAUGCUGGACUUUAUCUUAAUGGUUGUUAUGGAGACACAGCUGAGUUUAGUAAACUCAAAUAGCCUGAAGUCCUUGGAGGAACUCUUCUACUUCUUAAACUCACCGUGUGUCCAUCAGAGCUGAUUGUUCAUGUCUUCACUGUGCAGAGAUCAGCUGUCAAUCAAACAUGAUGGGCGGGGCUUGAACAUCUUCUCAUGAGUUGUUCUGUAGAUGUUGGACUUUCUUCCGGCUCCUUCCUGUGUCUGUGUAGCCAUGGAGGCUGUCACUGCUCAGGAGGAUCCUUGCUCACCUGUAAACUUUGCUCUAAAGAUUUGCUGGAUGUUUCUUUUGAUUCAUGUUGUUGUUUCUCUUGUAAUGCACGAGUCUCCAGAGACAUUUAGAAUCACAUGUCUUACUUUGACAGAUUAAACCCAGAUGGUUAUAACAAUUAUUUCAUCACAACAUGUUGAUUUAAAAUUAUAUUACUUCCUGUCAUGAUCAUAAUCAAUAAGUACAUCAUGUAUUAGUCUCCUGUACAUAGCUUAGAGUCUUUGCUUGGGAAAUCAAUGGUAUAAUAUUAGUUAUUUGUUGUUGUUGUUUGUUGUUGUUAUCCAAAUAGAAAUUGAGUACUCUGAUGUUUUACAGAACA